AUGGUUGCAAUGGAAGCUUAUCGUUAUCUGGUUACUGCAAAGGAUGUUUAUGUAAUUGUGAUGUACCAAAUGUCAAUUGCUAUCGUUAUGAAUGUAAUUAAUGUCACAAAGUUAAGAAUAAAGAUAUCGCCCAUCUUAGUGAUUGGAACCGGAUUUGGUACAACCGGGUGGAUCAGAUAUCUGA